GGAGGCAAAGUUUGCUUUUUUCACGUGAGGCUGUGAAAAGUGAUUGUGGUUUCGCAGGCUCUUGGGGUACUCAAAGACCCUCUUCAGGGACAUUAGUAGUGACUGUGUGCAAGUCGAUCCUCAACUCUUUUGUAGCCUCCCAGUUCCCACAACCCCUGUCCCAAAAUGGCUUCCUCAAGCACCCAAAAACCCUCUUCUUCUUUAGCUCCAACCGGAGAAUUCAACUUCGAUGUCUUCUUGAGUUUUAGAGGGGAAGAUACCCGCUACAAUUUUACGGAUCAUCUAUUCCAAAAUUUGAAACGGGUGGGCAUUAACACUUUCAGAGAUGAUAAACUUCAAAGAGGAGAGGAGAUCGCACAAGAACUUUUGGGAGCUAUUGAAGGAUCAAGAUUUUCCAUAAUUGUUUUCUCGGAAAGGUAUGCUGAUUCCAAAUGGUGUCUGGAUGAGCUUACAAAGAUCAUGGAAUGCAAAAAAGAAAUGAAUCAAAUAGUCCUGCCAGUCUUCUACCAUGUGAAUCCUUCUGAUGUGCGGAAAAAAACAGGGAGUUUUGGAAAAGCAUUUGCGAAGCACGGAACAACUGUAGAUGAGGAGAAGGUGAAAAGGUGGAGGGCUGCCAUGACUGAAGCAGGCUCUCUAAGUGGUUGGCAUGUGAUCAAGGAUAAAGAGUAUGAGUCAAAGCCUAUUGAGGAAAUUAUUAACCACAUCCUCAAAAGAUUGAAUCCUAAGCCUUUGUUUAUUGAGAAGCACAUUGUUGGAAUGGAUGUUCACUUGGCAAAACUAAAAUCAUUGUUAGAAAUGCAGUUGGAUGAUGUUCGCAUGGUUGGGAUCUAUGGAAUUGGUGGAAUUGGCAAAACUACUAUUGCCAAGAUGGUUUAUAAUGAUAACCUACGUCAAUUCAAUGGUGCUAGCUUUCUUGAAGGUGUCAAAAAUAGAUCCCAAUGUCACAAUAAUCAACUUCGAUUACAGCAAGAACUUCUUCAUGGCAUUCUGGAGGGUGAACAUUCAGAAGUAAAAAGUCUUAAUGAUGGAAUGAAUAUGAUCAAGGGCAGAUUUGGCUCAAAAAAGGUUCUUGUUGUUUUUGAUGAUGUCGAUGAUUUGGACCAAGUACAAAGAUUGGUUGCAAACUAUAAAUGGUUUGGUCGAGGAAGCAGAAUCAUCAUAACCACUAGAGACAAACAUUUGCUAGAUGAGUAUGGGGUGGAUGCAUCAUAUGAGGCUAAGGUGUUAUGUUAUGAAGAUGCUAUUGAACUCUUUAGUUGGCAUGCCUUCAAAGUACAAAACAUACAUGAAGAUUAUGUAGACAUGUCAAACCUUUUGGUAAAUUAUGCGCAAGGCCUUCCUUUAGCCCUUGAAGUUUUGGGUUCUUCUCUUCAUAAAAAGACAUUAGAUGAAUGGAAAAGUGCAUUAGAGAAAUUGAAAAAAAACCCUAAUAGGAAAAUUAAUGAUGUGCUUAGAAUAAGUUUUGAUGGGCUUGAUGAUUCUCAAAAAAAGGUUUUCCUUGAUAUCGCAUGCUUCUUCAGGGGAGAAGCUGAAGAUUUUAUAUUGAGAAAAUUAGAUAAUUGUGCAAAAUGUGACAUAGGAGUUCUUUAUGAUAAAUGCCUAAUAACUGUUUCCUACAACGAGGUACAAAUGCAUGACUUGAUACAACAAAUGGGUUGGACAAUUGUUCGCGAAGAAUGUCUUGGAAAACCAAGCAAAUGGAGCAGAUUGUGGGAUCCAAAUGAUAUUCAUAAAGCAUUAUCUGCACAAGAGGGAAUGGAACAAGUUGAAGCCAUAUCAUAUGACUUGUCUCGAUCAAAAGAAAUGCAGGUGAAUAAACAGGUUUUUGAAAGUAUGAAGAAACUAAGAUUUCUCAAACUCCAUUGGGGGGUUUAUUAUGGUUCUAUGAUGGAGACAUAUAAAGUGUUCCUUCCCAAAGACUUCGAGUUUCCUUCUCAAGAGUUAAGAUAUCUUUGUUGGGAUGGAUACCCUUUGCAAGCCUUGCCAUCAAAGUUUAAUGGAGAGAAUCUUGUUGAGCUCCACAUGACAGAUAGCACCAUAAAACAACUUUGGAAAGGGCGUAAGGUUCUUGGAAAGUUAAAGAUCAUUGACUUAAGUGGCUCAAAAUUGCUCACCAAAAUGCCAGAAUUAUCAAGCAUGCCGAAUCUUGAGGAGCUUUACCUCGAGGGUUGUAAAAGGUUGAAGAAAUUUCCUGAGAUCCGUGGAAAUAUGGAACGUUUGAAGAUUCUUCGUUUAGGUGAGAGUGGAAUUCAGGAAAUACCAAGCAGUAUUGAGUACUUGCCAGCUCUUGAAGUUCUUUCACUUUGGUGGUGCAUAAAUUUUGACAAAUUUCAGGAUAAUUUUGGGAAUUUGAGACAUCUAAGGUUCAUCCAAGCAAAGAAGGCUGAUAUUCAAGAACUUCCAAACAGCUUUGGAUAUUUGGAAUCUCCUCAAAAUCUUUGCCUCGAUGAUUGCUCAAACUUGGAGAACUUUCUAGAGAUCCAUGUUUUGAAACGUUUAUGUUGUCUUAAUUUAAGCAGGACUGCCAUCAAGGAACUUCCAAACGCGUUUGGGUGCUUGGAGGCUCUCGAAGUUCUUGAUCUAAGUGAUUGCUCAAAUUUUGAGGAGUUUCCUGAGAUCCAAAAUAUGGGAAAUCUAUACUUUCUUUAUCUAAAGAAGACUGCUAUUAAAGAAUUACCAUGCUCAAUAGGUCAUCUCACCAAACUUUAUAAGUUAAAUCUAGAAAAUUGCAAAAAUUUGAGGAGUCUUCCUAAUAGCAUUUGUGGGUUGAAAUCACUUAGAGUCCUCAAUCUCAAUGGCUGUUCAAGUCUGGUGGCUUUUCCAGAAAUCAAGGAGGAUAUGGAACACUUAAGAGAACUUCUUUUAAGUAAAACGCCUAUAACAGAGCUGCCACCAUCAAUUGAACAUCUAAAAGGUCUUAAACACUUGGAAUUGAACAAUUGUGAGAAGCUUGUGACUCUUCCAGAUAGCAUUGGUAAUUUGACACAUCUUCGUAGUCUUUGUGUUCGUAACUGUUCGAAGCUCCACAAUUUGCCCGACAAUUUGAGAAGCUUGCAAUGUUGCUUAGAAGGACUGGAUCUGGGCGGUUGCAAUCUGAUGGAAGGAGCAAUUCCUAGUGAUUUAUGGUGCCUAUCCUCACUGAGAUUUUUAGAUGUGAGCGAAAGCCCUAUUCCUUGCAUACCUACUAACAUAAUCCAAAACUCUAACCUGAGAACGCUUAGGAUGAAUCGCUGCCAGAUGCUUGAAGAAAUUCCAGAGCUUCCAUCAAGGGUAGAAUUCUUAGAAGCACAAGGUUGUCCACAUCUGGGAACUUUAUCAACUCCUUCGAGCCCACUCUGGUCUUCUCUCCUCAACCUCUUAAAAUCUCGUAGUCAAAGUUGUGAAUACGAAAUAGACUCAAACUCCUUAUGGUACUUCCAUGUACCUAAAGUUGCUAUUCCAGGAAGUGGUGGAAUACCAGAGUGGAUAAGUCAUCAGGGUAUGGGACGCCAAGCAAUAAUAGAGCUCCCAAAGAAUCGGUAUGAAGAUAACAAUUUCUUGGGAUUUGCUGUUUUCUUCCGUCAGUAUCCAGUUUUUCAUUUGGGCCGGGUUGGUCAUUUUCUACAAUUUGAAUUGAGGAUAUCCCAUGAUGAUCAAUCUGAACGGGUAAUUAAAAUAAUGAGUUGUUUCCAUUUUGAAACACGGUUGACUAAUUUAUUAUCUGGGAGUAUAUGCUGCGACAAUGUUAGCACAUCGGACCCACCAUUGUGGGUGACCUAUCUCCCUAAGUUUGCCAUUCCAAGUGAGCAUCGAUACGCUAAGCGUAGACGACGUACAACAGUCGCUGUAGUGGAAAUUUGUGGGAUACAUCUUAUAUACUCCAAAAAUUAUCACCAACAGAAUCAGAGCCAUGGGCCUGAAGCCAUCAGAAAAGAUCAAGACGUCUCCUGUGAUUUCCAAGCUUCUCCCUACAGGUUCUAUUGGCCGAAACGGAAAUAUGUUGUUCUUCAAGAAAUCCGCAAGGAGGGGCCUAGUGGAAGCGGGUGCUCUAAUACAGAUGGCUCAGAAUCAGAGAACUCUAUUUACUAUUCUGCUGACGAAGGGGACCCCACUGUUGACUGCUGACUGCUGAGGAGGAACCGGCCACACAAAUGCUUGAUACGCACCCAAAUCUUCUCAUAUCAACUCUUGACCCCUCUUAAACCAAGGGAUAUUCGUUGGCCACCCGGGAAUAGCUGGGAUUUUUUUAUUUGGAGGAAUGGGGGACGGCUUCCAGGUGAGUUGCAUGCUAGGACGUGUGGCAAGGACUACCAACUUGCGAUGGUGGUGGUUGAGGGUGGUGACAUCUUCGUUGAAGGGUGAGUAAUGGAGCUGGUAGAAGCUUAUAGGAGAAGGAAGAAAUAGAGCAAGAUGAGGGGGCUUGUGGGUCGGCGGAUUCUGGAAGAGAAGAUUUCAAGAGCAGAACAAAAGAAGAGAGCUAGAAGCUCGGAUGAUCAAGUUGGAAAUGAGCUUUUCCAAGUAUGAAUGUUAUGGAUUUUUUUACUUAUUCAGAUUCUUAUUGUUCUUCUAUAUUUCAUGUUGAUCUCUAAAUGUCAUUGACCUAUUUGGGUGUGGAUGACUAAGGCCACAUGCAUGUUUUGAUGAUCUUAGACUAUUUUGUGGUUUUGAUACUGUUUUAUUCUUCUUUCAUAUCCUUUGAUUUCAUGUGAAGCUUAUCCUAUAUAUUGCUCUGUUCUAGAUUUUAUUGAGAUUCUUCUUUUAGCAUU